AUGUCAUGUUUGGGUAGGAUCUUGUCGGUUUCCUACCCGCCGGAUCCGUACGACUCGCGUCUUUCAGGGUAUAAACUGUCUUUACUAGGGCGAAAUCGGAGAUUGAGACUGCGAUUCACGGCGUUGGACCCUGAAUCUUCCUCCGCAGCUUCCUCUCUCGACUCAGACUCUGCCGAUAAAUUCGCUGCCGGGUUUUGUAUCAUAGAAGGGCCUGAAACAGUACAGGAUUUUGCCAAAAUGCAAUUACAAGAGAUUCAAGAUAACAUUCGAAGCCGACGAAACAAGAUCUUCUUGCACAUGGAAGAGGUACGGAGGCUGAGAAUACAACAACGGAUUAAGAACACAGAACUUGGCAUCAUCAACGAAGAGCAAGAACACGAUUUACCUAAUUUCCCUUCCUUUAUCCCGUUCUUACCUCCAUUGACUGCUGCCAAUUUGAAAGUCUAUUACGCAACUUGUUUCUCACUCAUCGCGGGGAUUAUCCUAUUCGGUGGCCUACUAGCUCCUACAUUAGAGCUGAAGCUAGGUAUAGGAGGCACAUCAUAUGCAGAUUUCAUUCAAAGCCUUCAUCUACCUAUGCAAUUGAGUCAAGUGGACCCGAUAGUAGCGUCCUUCUCUGGAGGAGCUGUUGGUGUGAUCUCGGCGUUGAUGGUAGUUGAAGUCAACAACGUAAAGCAGCAAGAACACAAGAGAUGCAAAUACUGUCUAGGAACUGGGUAUCUAGCUUGUGCUCGUUGCUCUAGCACAGGUGCUCUUGUUUUAACCGAACCGGUCUCAGCUGUUUCUCUAUCAGCACCCAAAACUGAAAGAUGUUCAAACUGUUCAGGUGCCGGAAAGGUGAUGUGCCCGACAUGUCUGUGCACAGGAAUGGCUAUGGCAAGCGAGCACGAUCCUCGGAUCGAUCCCUUUGAUUGA